UUGAAAACAGUGUGUCUCAAAUAUGCAGUUAUCUGUGUGAGUUUAGGUUUAACUUCAAGGUUAUGUUACCACUAAACUACUUGUUAAGAUACAAAUUUUGUCACAAAAUAGCCACUAGAAUGUUUCUAUCGCUUAGCAUAUCACUUUUAAUGUAGCUUAUUCUGCAUAGUCUACUUUAAAGAGUCAAGGAUAGAAUAAAGUGUUUCUCUGUAUCACAUGGUGCAACUCUAUUCUGAAGGCGGUCCUUCAAAAUAUUUACUGUCAACAGUAGACAGGAGUUUUCAGUGAAUGAGGGAUACAUCAGAUACAGUCAUAAUGUCUGUUAUUUUUGUAUACAUAUUAAUUUGUUUACAUCCCUGUUUUGGAUGCCAUGAUAUUUGUUACUGUUCAGGAAGGAUUUUUAUUUGCCGGGAACACAAGGUGGACCAUAUUCCCAAAGAUAUCCCAAGAAAUUCUACUGAAGUGAGGAUUAUGCUUACAAAAGUCAUGGUUAUACCAAAUGGAGCUUUUGCUGGACUUGAAGACCUUGAGAAUAUAGAAAUAUCUCAAAAUGAUGUACUGAAAUCAAUAGAAGCUAAUGUGUUCUCCAACAGUCCACAACUGCAAGAAAUAAGGAUUGAAAAGGCAAACAACCUGGUAAACAUUGAUCAAGAUGCAUUCCAGAAUCUUCCAAAACUCAAGUAUUUGUUAAUAUCGAACACUGGAAUUAAUUUUAUCCCUGCUGUUUCCAAGAUACAAUCAUUGCAAACAAUGCUAUUGGAAAUUCAAGACAAUAUCAACAUAAAGAAAAUUGAACAAAAUUCAUUUGCUGGACUCAGUUCAGAAAGUGUAAUAAUACGGCUAAAUAAAAAUGGAAUUGAAGAAAUCGAAAACCAUGCUUUCAAUGAUACACAUUUAAAUGAACUAAUUCUCAGUGGUAACCAGAGACUGACUAAAUUACCUGAUCUUGUUUUCUAUGGAGCAGUUGGCCCAGUUGUACUAGAUAUCUCCAAAACAAGAAUCAGCUCGUUACCUAGCUAUGGAUUAGAAACUAUAAAGAAACUUAAAGCAAGAUCAGUUUAUAAUUUGAAAAAGCUUCCAACUUUGGAAAAGUUUGCAGAACUCAUUGAAGCUAAUUUAACAUAUCCAAGUCACUGCUGUGCUUUUGAAAACUGGAAAAGACGUAUUUCAGAAUUGCAUCCAAUAUGCAAUAACACUCCAGAGGAACAGAAGCCAGUGGACAUUUUCAAUUAUGGAUUAAAUUUUGAUCAGAAAGAAAAGGAGGAAUAUUUUGGGUUUGACUACUACUUAUGCAUUGAAGUUCGUGAUGUCAGUUGCGAACCUAAACCGGAUGCAUUUAAUCCAUGUGAAGAUAUUAUGGGAUACAACUCUUUAAGAGUAUUAAUAUGGUGUAUCAGUAUUAUGGCCAUCACAGGGAAUGCAUUUGUACUCAUUGUUUUAAUUAGCACUCAGUAUAAAUUUACUGUUUCCAGAUUUUUAAUGUGCAAUCUUGCAUUUGCAGAUGUAUGCAUGGGUAUAUAUCUUUUACUUAUUGCAUCUGUGGACAUUAAGACAAAAGGCCAAUACCAUAACUAUGCAAUUGACUGGCAGACCGGGGCAGGCUGUGAAGCCGCAGGGUUUUUCACUGUGUUUGCAAGUGAACUUUCUGUAUAUACUCUAACUGUUAUAACCUUAGAGAGAUGGCAUACAAUAACAUAUGCAAUGCAAUUAGACCGCAAAGUGAGAUUUCGACAUGCUACAGUUAUAAUGAUUUCAGGCUGGAUAUUUGCAUUCACAGUUGCUGUGCUUCCUAUUUUUGGUAUCAGCAGCUAUAUGAAGGUGAGCAUCUGUUUACCGAUGGACAUAGAAACCCCUCUUUCUCAAGGAUAUAUUUUGUUCCUUCUGGUGCUUAAUGUUUUGGCAUUUGUAGUCAUCUGCACCUGCUAUAUUGGCAUCUACUUAACUGUGAGAAAUCCAAAUGUUAUCUCUUCAAAUAGUGACACAAAGGUUGCCAAACGUAUGGCUAUAUUGAUAUUCACAGAUUUUUUGUGUAUGGCCCCAAUUUCAUUCUUUGCCAUUUCUGCUUCGCUAAAGAUUCCUCUUAUAACUGUAUCCAGUUCCAAGAUUCUUUUGGUUCUGUUCUAUCCAAUUAAUUCAUGUGCCAAUCCAUUUCUCUAUGCUAUUUUCACAAAGACAUUUCAAAGGGAUUUUUAUAUUUUAAUGAGCAAGUUUGGUUGCUGCAAGACACAAGCGCAAAUUUUCAGAACAGAGACUUCCUCAUCUGCCCAUAACCUUCACAUGAGAAAUGGACAUUAUGUUCCAGGACCAAAGAGCAGUACUGGAUCCGUUUACACAUUAGUACCUCUGAAUCACUAAAACUGAAAUAUGGUGUCAAUAAUAAAACAUUCCUCAGGAGGUGUGAAAUUUGUUUAAACAUUGAUUUCUGUUCCUAAAUUAUUUAGCACAUUUUUAUGAAAAAGCAUUUCUUUUAUUAUUUUUACAAUCAAUAAUUUAGAGCUCUAGGACAUUUUUCUAAAUACAAGAAAAAAAAGAUAUGAUGUGUAUGGUUUAUGGGAUAUUAAAAACAAUAUUGCUAAAACUUUGCACUGUAAUGUCCUUAAUAAAAAAUAAGA